GCUGCUUCCUGCAUGGCUGUUGUGAGAAGAGCUGUGGGGGGGGGGGCUGCUGUGCUGCGCUGUGCCCUCUCAGCCUGCCUAAGGAGGCCUCCAGACUCCCAGGCCUGGCUCAGGAGUUCCUUCCCGGCCACUCCACUGACAGGCUCCCGGCUCCCUCCUGGCUCACAUGGCCGCCAGAGCCUCAUCCCUCCCCGAGGCCCUCACCAGUGGGUUCCUGACCUGCACCAUCUGCUUGGAGCGCCUGCGGCAGCCCAAGAUCCUCCCCUGCCUUCACACCUACUGUCAGGAUUGCCUGCGGAAGCUGGCAGCCGGGCAGUCGGCGCUGCAGUGCCCAGAGUGCCGUCAACAUGUCCCCCUUCCGGCGGGCGUGGGGGGCCUCAAGACCAACUUCUUCAUCAACGGCCUUCUUGACCUUGUUCAUCCAGCAGUAAGGACAGGCGCCACGUGCAGCCUUUGCCCGCUCCUCAGCCAAGAUGCCGGCCAGUGCGCUGUGUCGCGAUGCUUGGACUGUGCUGACAACUUGUGCCAGGCGUGUGCCAGUGGACACCGCUGCUCCCGGCUGACCCAUGCCCACUACAUAGUGGAUAUCGAGGGCUACCUCUCGGGAGAGUACGACGAGGAGGCCCGGAAGAGGCAGGCCUCUCAGUGCCAGGAGCACCAUGGGGAAUCCUUGCGGUUUUUCUGCACCCCCUGUGCCACUGCCUUGUGCCGGGAGUGCCGUCUGGGCCCCCACCUGGAGCACCCGUGCCUGUCUCUGUCGGAGGCAGCCAAGGCACGCUGUCCCAUCAUCGAGGGCCUCCUGGCAGGGGUGGAGGAGAAGAUACGCCUCACUGCCGAGGCAAGAGGCAGCCUGGAGGAGCGGAUGGAGUGCCUGCAGGUGCGUGAAGUCAGCAUCCGGGACGCAGUGGAGUGGACAUGCUCCAAGGCAGUGCAGCGGCUGCUCUCCCUGAAGGAGGAGGUGCUGGGCCAGCUCUCCAGCUUUGUGGAAGAGCGGAAGAAGGCCUCGGAAGUUCUGCUCUCAGAGCUGGAGUUCCAAGAGCAGGUGGCCUCCAGCACAGUGGCUUUUGCCCAGCAAGUGCUGAGCCUGGGCCGUGAGGUGGAGAUCGUCUCCUUGGAGCAGAUGAUCUCUGAGCGACUGAGGCAGCUGCAGAGUUUCUCAUGGGACCCCCUCCCCUUCCAGCUGCCCCAUCUUGCAACCCAGCCGGGAUCUGAGAGCCUCCCUGGCCUGUUCCACCUGGAAUUCAGAGAGGAGAAGCCCGAGUGUGCAGAGCAGAGCAACAGCAAAGGAGCAAAGAAGAAGAAGAAGAAGAAGAAGAAGCAGCUGCUGCCAUCCCCUGCCAGUCAGGAGGUGAAGAUGCCGGGCCAAGGGAAGCCCGGCCCCCCUGCACAACUCCCCAGCCCUCCUUCCACAAGGCCUGAAGACCCCCAGCUCAUCCCCAAGCCCCUCUUCUCUUGCAGCUUCUGGGUGAAGAUCCCCAAUGACAAGAAACGGCCACAGGUGACGGGCAUCUGCCCCUUUGGCUCCGGCGAGCUCCUCGUGGCAGACACCCAGAACCAAAAGCUGAAGAGGUUCUCACUGCAGGGGGAAUUCAAAGGCCUCCUCUCCGUGCCAAGCAACGUGGCACCCUGCAGCGUGGCUACUGUGGGCAGCAAAGUGGCCUUCACUGCCGGAUCACGGCUCUUCCUCUUGAACAGUGAGGGUGGUCUCAUGUGGCAAAAGGCACUUCAGUUGGGCCAGGCCAGCCACUCCGUGACUACAGUGGGGGGCAAUCGCGUGGUGGUGAGUGUGGCGGGGCACCUGGAGGUGUAUGACCUGGAGGGGCGGCUUGUGGGGAAGGUGGUGCCUGAAGGCAGUGAGCAGAGGUGCCUGGUCUUCCUGGCCAGCCAGCAGGGGGGCUUUGUGGCGUCCGACUGGUACCGGCGCAGCCUGGUAGUGUUCAGCAGCCAAGGGCGCUUGGCGGCUGAGUGCAGAGAGGAAGAGCUAGACAAGUGCCAGCCGGGGGCUGUCUGUGCCGACGCCACGGGGGUUGUCUACGUGGUGCUGUGGGAGCAGAACAAAGUCAUGGCUUUCUCGAGGGCCGGCAAGCAGCUUGGCCCAUUCCUCACCGCUGAGAACAGCAUUGACCGGCCCCGGGUGGUCACAGUGGUAGGGAAGGGGCACUUUGCGGUGGCACUGAGCAAUGGCACCGUCCACAUCUUCAAGAUCAGAUAUGAAAGCAAGUGAUGGUGUCUGGGUGGUGUGAAGGAGAGUGCCUGUGUGUGUGUAAGCAUGUGUUGAAGACAGCACGGACCCGGGUGGGCCUGGCAGAGGCGAGUUCAGAUGGCGAGGAGGAGCAUUGCUGCCUGAGGGGCUCACCAGGACACGUCUACACAGCAAAGGGAAACCAGCUUCAGACCUGCUACGCUGCCCUGGCUUCCAGCCCUUGCAGAGCGGCUGCUGUGGAAGCAGGAAGCAUCCCUUUCGGGUGUCUCUGCCGCCACUGCCGUUUUCAGGGGGUUCUUUUGCAGGGGGCCAGGAAGGACUGAAGCCGCUUCCGAGUGCUGAGAGAGGACAAGCAGGCUGGGGUGGGUGUGAAGCUAGGAGUGUGGCUGGAGCCAAUGCUUGUCAGUGGCUGGAGCAAGGAGCGUGCCAGACUUCUGGCUUGCACAGAAGUCUUUGUCAGACAGAACGGCGGGGGAGGGUUUAAGAGAGGGCGAGGCAGGCUGCAGAGGGAGCCCUUUGGAGAGUGUCCAGGUGGGGACUGGGGGUGCAGCUGUGGCUGUGUCCCCCCUCCACACCAUCCGUGAUGUAGAGCUUGGCCAUUGAGGCAGGAAGGUCUUUGUCCCAAAGCUUUUAGCAUUCCAGGACUGAGAAUUAGAUAAGGACAAAAUGUGAACCAGUUGGUACAACCAAGCGGAAGGUGCCUUCUGAAGGGGACACGCACACAGUUGUAGCCGUUCAUCACAACCUCUCGCAUUCCCUCACUGGCACUGGUGCCCAUAAAGCACUGUGCCUCUGCACAGAUGAAGCCCUCCUGGGAGAAAGUGUUUGCAGGUGACUGGGGCCCAAGAGAAGCACUACUGGGCUUUGAUGGGGGUGGGGUGGGGCUGGCCUGGCGGGGCAGAGCUGUGUGGAAGGGAGCAGAGGCUGUUGCACACCAGGCCUUCGCACUGGCCUCCUCUUCCCCCAGCGCAAAGGUGUGAACCCGGAUUCUCCUGCUCUGAAUGGCUCCUUGACCUCUUCAGUUGUGGUGGAAUCUGCAGCACUUAGAGGCGUUUUUAGGAAAACAGUGUGUGUUAGGUGUUGAAUCUCACGAGUUACCAAACAACUCUGCCUGGAAAGUAUUUGUCAGCAAAAUACUCUACAUACGAUAUUUAAAGGUGUGUUUUCUGGAGCAAAUCUGAUGCAGCACAGAUUUUAGAGCCAUUGGUUCGAAUUUGUGUUUCCUAAGGAUUGUAACCGUUUUGUGGCACCUUGCUCAAAAAAGCAAACUCUGACUGGAUACCAGGAUGUUUGAAACGGUGCUGCAUUUAGCAUGCAAUGCAGACCCAGCUAGGAGUCCACAGCCCGCCUGAAGCAUUUCCCUUCCCGUAUUAUUUAUUUAUGUUUGUAGUGUCCAGCCAGAAGGGGGGCUCUGGAAAACUGCACACUCUUAUGUCAUUUUGUUUUUUUCCAAGACAAAGGUAUGUGGAUUGUGUUCAGAACAAAUCUGAGACAUCCAAAAUGUUAAAUAUCAUACAUGCCGCUCGAUUUUUAAUGUGUGUGAACUUUACUUCUGGGUUGUGUACGGGGGAGAAACUCGUGGGCACAAACGGCUGUCUAAGCUGAGCCGGUAAGACUCGAGUUGCUCCACUGAGGAGCCCUCCACACGGGUCAUCCCCACCAUGGCCACCAGGCGGCAGAGCGCAGCACCCGCAGGCCAACCUCUGGGGCCAGUUGAGCUUAGCAAAGAGAAUCAGCGGGGUCUCCAGCCGGCAUAGGACCUGGCUUUGGUCAUAGGCUUAACCUGGGACUUGCACAGUGGAAAGAAAAGUGUGCUUCUGAACAUGCACAAAUAAUUUGUGAGGUUCGAAAUGCUGAAUGUCACAAAUAUAGUCAGGUUUUUUAAAUGUGUCUGAGCAGGCACAGGUGAGAUUCUUUUCUGUCCUCACAAAGUGACCCCAACGAGGCCCAGCUUAUCUGGGAUGGGGGAAGUACUUCUGCAUCUGGGCCUGUGGGUUUCAGGGGGCCCCAGAACAUCUUUCUUGAGACACCCUAAGGGGGUGGCUGGGGCAUGAAACCAGGACUUGGAGAGACUGCUGGUGCCUUUCAGGCCCCAAGUGCCUUCCCCCCACCCCCCACCCCAGCUUAUGUAGCAGGGCUGAGCACUGCUCGGCUGCUAUGAGGAGAUGUGUGUGUGGAACUCAAGGGCUUUCUGGCUGCACAACCAGCCUGUGUUUUCUCACAUGAUGCUCACAUUUAUGAAGCUAUUGCCGUGGGAACAAAAAUCAAGUCCACGAGCACCUUAAAUACCAACAGCAUUUUCCAGGGGAUAAGCUUUUGUGAAUCUAUAGUGUUACGUUAUUAGCUGGGCCUGCACUUCCCAUCUCUGUGCAUAUCUCCUGACUCUAUUCAAGCAAGUUGCAUGUUGUGUCGUACCUCUGCAUCCUGACUCCAGCUGGCCCUUCUUUGCAACACCCUUGCACGCUUCUGACCUGGAUAUAAGGGCUGAUGGAUUGUCAUUCUCAUUUGUGUCGAGAAAGCUUCUACUCUGAAAAACGUUGGUCUUCAAGAUGCUGCUGGACUUGAAUUUUGUUGCUAUUAUUAUUAUUACCGUCAGCUACCUCCCUGAUACUAUUGCCAUUGGAGUGACUGGUGAAAUUCUGGGGCACGUGGUCUAGACAUAAGUUGACCUAUGUGGGCAUGUAUGAAGAAAGAGGAAUGGGGAAGUCAUGGGGCCGAGGCCUGGCUUCUCCGUAGCAGCUUCUGGCGUAGUCGGAGCCACGAACAUGCCUAAAGUUUCAUAACUUUGCAAUAAUUUUGUAUCUCUUUAGCAAUACAUGAUAAUAAUUGCUUUUUAAAAGAUAAUAAUUUGCAACACUCUGCUUCCUAUUUAAAAAUAUCUUGGCCAAGGAACACUGAAUUAAUCCUUGUAAGAAUAUUUUUGCUGUCAUUCUUUGGGGUGAGGGGCUUAAAUAUUUUAUGCAAUAGGUAAAAAGGUAAAGGUAGUCCCCCUGUGCAAGCACCGAGUCAGUACUGACCCAUGGGGGAUGUCGCAUCACGACGUUUUCUUGGCAGACUUUUGUUACGGGGUGGUUUGCCAUGGCCUUCCCCAGUCAUCUACACUUUACCCCCAGGAACCUGGGUACCCAUUUUACCAACUUCGGAAGGAUGGAAGGCUGAGUCAACCCUGAUCCGGCUACUUGAACCCGGCCUCCGCCAGGAUCAAACUCAGGUCAUGAGCAGAGCUUGAGCUGCAGUACUGCCGCUUACCACUCUGCGCCACGGGGCUCUUCAUUUUAUGCAAUAGAGCACUGGAUUGCAAAUUGUGGGUUGGGACCCAGGAGUGGGUUCCAAAUUCCUUGGGGGGGGGGGUCACAAGACCAGCAGGGUGGAGGAAGAACGGGAAGAGCUAGGAAAGUGGGGUCUGAGGAGUGAAGGGCAUCGAGUGUGAAAUGGCCAUGAACUGCAGGCCGUUCCUUUACAAUGCUGUGUGUGUAUAAAUGUGCAACGUGAAAAAUAAAACUUGA